AAGUGAUUUAGAAAUGGACAUCCCUUCAUUUCGUUCAGACUUGCAUGAUAGUGGUCAGCAUCCAUUCACAGUAUAUACUGAUGAGUUAGCUGAUACAGAGGAAUGGAGUGAUGGUGCCGAUGGCAACAGUAAAUUUGUAGGCAGUGCUAGCUCAUCCCCACAAGUUUCCAGACAUGUGACUCAUUUAAGAGAUCCAUGGGAGAUAAAUCCACUAGCACAUUCACCAAAUAGAAGUCCAUGUGGAUCACCAUCAAGAUCAAGUACUCUUGAUACUAGUCCAGUUAGGUGUUCUGUAUUGAACUGUUCAAACUCUGCACAGAUUGGAUUCAGAUGCAGAACUUGCUCACGAGCCUUUUGUCUUGGGUGUGCCCGAAACAAUGUCAGUGCUCGCCGGUGCUACAAACGUCCUCGUGGUCACAGUUUCAUCAAAAUCUAUGAUACACAGUCUACUAACAAUGCACAUGGAAGCAGUGCAAUCGUAGGUGACAUUCAACUUGUUAGUGCUGAUGGAGCACACCCUCCAGGGGCUAGAAUCAACUAUGUACCAGUGCUGCGAUGUGAAAAUGCAGCAGAGAAAUCCUGGAAGUGUGCACAGUGUGGUUCCUUUAAUGUGAUUGGUGCCAAUAAAAAAAGGGAUUCUUGUUACAAAUGUCGAACCCAAAGAACUGUAUGAAGAUCUAUUGAGCCAAAAUGAAUAAACACAUGGUAAUAAGUCAAAAACUUUAUGGUGUGAAAAUAGUACGCAACAUUCAUUUUGCUCUCCCGUAUAUUCAUUUGAUGGAACAAAAAACAUUUUUAAACACAUGUGAAGAGCCAAAAUGUUUAACAAAAUAAAAUA